AUGGCGGCGGGCGCGGCGCUUGCGCCGGCGACGGCAGCGCCGCGACGUCGACGUGCGUCGGCGGGCGCCGCGGCGCCAGUGGCGCGCCGGAGCGAUGGCAGGUCGCGGGGCGCGAGGCGCGUGCCGCGCGCCGCGGGCGGCUGGCCCGGCCCACCGCGGGCCGCCACCUGCCAUUGGCGCGGCGGCGACCUCUGGCGUGGCGCGCCCGCGGUGCCAGGGGGCGGGGCCCCGGGCCAGCCGGGUCGCGUGGUGGGGGGCGCGGCCGCCGGGAGGGGGAGGGGUCAGGUCGCGGCCGCGGCCGCGCCGGCCCGCCCGCCUGCGCCCCGCCAGUCUGCGCGCGACCGCGGUGCAGUGCGGACUCACCUGCGUCGCCACGCUCCACACGCCGCCUGCGCGCCCCAGCCCGAGCGCUGUAAACCCGUCUCGUCUCGUCGCGGCGCCCGGCACGCGGUCACCACGUUGGAGCUAGGCUUCCCGCGCACCAUGGCGCUGGUGGCGCCGCCGCUGGGCGCGGGCUCGGCGUGGCGCGACCCCGCGUCCGGCGUCGUGCUGCACCACCCGGCCGCCGCCCCGGCGCCCGCGCCGCCCCCGCCCGCCCCCGAUGAGUUGGUGCUCAGCUCGACGCCCGGCUCCGCGUCGGCCAGCUCCGGGGGCGGCGGCGGCGGCUCGCAGAUCGUCGUCGGCUCCUCGCAGAGCGGUACCGGGUCCAACUCCUCGGACAAGGGCCAGAACAUCGAGUGCGUCGUCUGCGGCGACAAGUCCAGCGGCAAGCACUACGGCCAGUUCACGUGCGAAGGUGGUAUUAUCUGCAGCAGAAGCGCGGCGCGGUAUCUGCCCGCCAGUCUGCGUCGCCUUUCCAGAGAGCCCGGGCCACGCGCUAGAUAUCGGACAGAGUUAGCCAGAGGCUCGGCGCACUCUGCCUUUGAGACUGGAUUUCACGGCUGCACCCUUCCGGCGCAGCUGCCGGUGGCUGUGAGGCGAUGCGAGGCGCGAGGAGCCGUCACCGGCUGGCGGUGCGGCCGAACAGGUUCCCCGUGGCUGUGCUCGGUCACGCGCCUGGCACGCUCCCGGGAUGCUGGCGACACGGGCACGCGCGGCGCCAGCACGCGACUCUGCUCCGGUGUCCCUCACGGCUCUGCCCUCGCUCCAGAGGCAGGCAGCCAAUUUCUGGUCCUCCCAGAGAGCGACCGCGCGCGCCGACCGUGCUCGGGGCGCAGCGACCGAGAAACACCGUACAGCCAGCUCUGUACUACAGGCUGUCAUAGCUAA